AUGGCUCGAAAAGGUCGAUUCACGAAAAAAUCGAAAUUGGGACCAAGAUCUCACCAACCUCAAACGGGAGCGAAUGUGACUUUGGACUCCCACCACGAUGGCUCUCAAAUUCUUCCGACCAAUGGCGAAAGUGUCCCCGCAAGUGGUGAUAGUGUCCCACCUACUUCACGUCCUUUCCGUCCCCCGCGAAGUGAACCAAGGUCUGUUCCACAGACGAGCACAAAUAGUACCCAAAACUUGCUGACAGGCCAACUAAACUUGGACGCUAAUGCUAAUGAGGAACCUCUUGUUGAAGAAGAAGUUGACGAGCUCCAUGAUGCUCCUGUGGUUCAGAGUCGCAGAGGACGCAAGACUACAGAGUUUUGGACUGUUAAGAUCAUAGAUUCUGAGGGCAUAAUCAAGCCGGCAAAACUAAGCGUGAGAGAUGCUAUGGCACGACCUAACAGUAGGAAGAUCGUGCUCAGGUUCAACAACGCAAAACAAGCAAUUGGAGAUGAAGCUGGACUGUUGAGUGGCGUGCUUGGUCUGCUGGGAUCUGAUUAUGGAAAAUUUCCCAUCUGUAGGAAAAGUUGGCAUCAGAUUACCACUAAAGACAAAGUUUAUAACGAAUGUGUCAAGCAAAUUUUCCACUUCGAUGAGGACAGCGAAGGAAUUAUUAAGAAAAAUAUUUUGAAAAGUAUGGGGAAGGCUUGGAAAGAAACAAGGCUGAGGUUGUAUGACCGUUUUUAUGAGCCAACAUUCACUACUGAUCAAAAUCUUGAGAAUCGACCACCGGGAAUUGAUCGAGAGCAUUGGAGAUGGUUCCUUGACUAUCGCGCCGAACCUGAGACGAAGGUAAUAUACUGUAUCGUUGUUACACAGGAAUACCAAUUAUGCUGCAUUGAGAGGUUUUCUAUUAGAUUCUAA